GGGCGAUGAGAGGUGACAUAGGGGUGAUGAGAGGUGACAUAGGGGCGAUGAGAGGUGACAUAGGGGCGAUGAGAGGUGACAUAGGGGUGAUGAGAGGUGACAUAGGGGUGAUGAGAGGUGACAUAGGGGCGAUGAGAGGUGACAUAGGGGCGAUGAGAGGUGACAUAGGGGCGAUGAGAGGUGACAUAGGGGCGAUGAGAGGUGACAUAGGGGCGAUGAGAGGUGACAUGAGUGACAUGAGAGGUGACAUAGGGGCGAUGAGAGGUGACAUAGGGGCGAUGAGAGGUGACAUAGGGGCGAUGAGAGGUGACAUA